AUGGCGAUCAGACCUAUCCCCACUCUCAACGGAGACGCAGCUCUCAAAGACGCCGUAUGGAACAAAGUCACCCUCGUCACCGGCGCCGCCUCCGGCAUCGGCUUCGCUCUUACACGCAUGCUCGCCUCCCACGGAGCCACAGUGAUCAUGGUCGAUCGCGACAGCAACGCUCUGACCGCCGCCCAGAAGAACAUUCCAGGCCGUGCGUUCGCAUACGAAUGUGACAUCGCCGCUUGGGAGCAACAGCGCCAUCUCUUCCAGGUCGUUCUUGACCGCUUCAUGCGUCUGGAUAUUGUGUGUUUGAACGCAGCUAUCGAUCCGGAGCUGCGUUGCGACGACCCGCAGCUGGGAGCUGCAGCGGCCGAUCAAGUCGCGUAUAAUUGGCUUGCGAAUGAGAAGACGUCGGCCAUGACCGAAACAACAGAUCGCUCCUCCAUAGGGCAAGAAGCCAUUGGCCAGCCAUCAUGGAUGCAAGCGUCCCCCUACUCCCAGUCCCCACCCAAGCAAACCCUCAAAGCGCCGCCAACACAAAUCUUCGACGUCAACCUCCUGGGCACAAUCUACGGCAUCAAGCUCGCCCUGCACCACAUGACCGCCCUUGACGCCCACGCCUUACACAGCGGCACCCUCGCACAACCGAACCCGCGACACAUCAUCGUCACCGGCUCUGCCGCCGCAUACAACGGCUUCCCGGGCCAAGAUCUGUACUGUGCGUCUAAGCACGCACUGCUAGGCCUGGUUCGUGCAACGUCCCGAAGGAAGGAGGUUCAGGAGGCUGGUGUGAGCGUGUCGAUGGUGUGUCCGUGGCUGACGACGACGCCGAUGACGGCAGGGAUUGCGGCGGGACUGAAGGAGGGGCUGCCAGCGAGCGAGCCAGAUGAUGUGGUGCAGGCGUUCGUGCAGCUGUUGGUGGGUGCUGGGCAGGGGUCGAACGGGAGGCUGUUGAGCGUGCAGGGUCAGAGGGUGAUGGAGGUGGAGAGGAUUGAUUGA